AUGAUGUUGCAUCCUUCAGAUUCUGAAGAUAUUGUCGAAGAGAGAGUAAUAAAUGAAGAAUACAAGAUAUGGAAGAGGAAUACUCCGUUCUUGUACGAUAUGCUGAUGUCACACUGCUUGGAAUGGCCAAGUUUAACUGCUCAGUGGUUGCCAUCUGUGGAAAGGACUGGGCGAGAUUACUCCGUUCAUCGUUUAAUACUGGGGACUCACACAUCUGAUGAGCAAAAUCAUUUAUUGAUAGUUACGGUUCAUCUACCAAAUGACCAGGCAGAGUUUGAUGCAAGUGCUUAUGAUAGUGAACGAGGUGAUUUCGGGGGAUUUUAUUUUCCAUCUGGGAAGUUGGAAAUAUCAAUGAAAAUAAAUCAUGAAGGUGAAGUCAAUCGUGCUCGGUUUAUGCCACAGAAUCCAGACAUAAUAGCUACCAAAACACCAAGUGGUGAUGUUUUAAUAUUUAAUUACCCAAGACAUCCACCGAAAACUCCAUCAGACCGUGGUUGCCAACCUGAUUUACGUCUCAAGGGUCAUCAAAAAGAAGGUUAUGGUCUUUCAUGGAAUGUGUCUCUUAAUGGUCAUCUCCUUUCAGCAUCUGAUGAUCAGACAAUUUGUUUGUGGGAUGUUAAUGCUGCUCCUUUAGAUGGCUGUGAUCUAGAUGCGAUGGCUAUCUUUACCGGUCAUCAUUCAGUAGUUGAGGAUGUUUCUUGGCAUCUUUUCCAUGGACAUAUUUUUGGUUCAGUAGCAGAUGAUAACAAACUUAUGGUUUGGGAUACACGGAGUUCAAAUCGUACAAAACCUCAGCACCAAGUAGAUGCUCAUACAGCCGAAGUCAAUUGUCUUGCUUUUAAUCCGUUUUCUGAGUUUAUUAUUGCGACGGGAAGUGCAGACAAAACUGUUGCUCUUUGGGAUCUGCGUAAUCUUCGGCUGAAGCUACAUUCAUUUGAAUCUCAUAGGGAUGAAAUAUUCCAGGUCCAGUGGUCUCCACAUAAUGAAACUAUAUUGGCAAGCUCAGGGACUGAUCGUCGUCUUCAUGUCUGGGAUUUAAGUAAGAUAGGUAUUGAUCAGACUGCUGAAGAUGCGGAUGAUGGACCUCCUGAGUUAUUGUUCAUUCAUGCUGGGCAUACAGCAAAGAUUUCAGAUUUUUCUUGGAAUAUUAAUGAUCCGUGGGCUAUUUGCUCUGUAUCUGAGGAUAAUAUUUUACAGAUCUGGCAAAUGGCUGAGAAUAUAUACAAUGAUGAUGAAAUAGAGAUGGGGAAUCCAGAACUUGAACAGCAUUCUUAG